GCAGCACCACCAUGGCUUCGCAGUCUUCGCAGGACGACGCCGUCAGGCACCAGGCUGUCGUGCCCGACAAGGUCCCCAAUGGCGACUAUCCCCUCAUCGACAAUGACCCCCACUUCAACCGCGUCAUGCGCUACACACGCCCCUCGGACUGGGCCACGGGUGCCGCCGUCGGAGCCCUCAGUCCGGGCCUGAUGCUGUACUGGGAGAAAGUGUCGCCAUCAUUCGUAGGAAAAGGCGGUUUUGCGCCCAUCAUGCGACUGAGCUGCAGCGUGGGCGUCGCGGGUGCAUUCCUGCUCGCCUACACGCGGUCCAGCGCACGCUUCUACGGCGCCCGCGAGAACCGCCGCGAGGUCGACAUGGACAUGCGCGAGAUGGUCGCCAAGGUCAAGCGCGGCGAGUCGCUGUACGGCACCUCCGAGUUGACAGAGUACAUGCAGGGCGUUGCGCACAGGAACUCGCGCUACUCGGCCACGUUCUCACACGUCCUCCCCUGGCCCAAUUUUGUCAACCAUCCCCACCACGGCGUCGACACGGCAAAGUACUUCAGGCAGGCCGAGUUGGAGCUCGAGCAGGAGAAGGGGCUGAAGUGA